AUGUUGUCUGCCUUCUCGCUACUUUCCGCUAGUCAGCAGGUCGCCCAUUCUCCACAUGCAUUUCUUGAUCGCUGUUUAGUCCAAUUGGCUCGUAUGACUCACCGUCUUCUCCAAGAGGUGCUGCCUCCUGCAAUUCCUGCAUCAGGCUCCUCCAGCGGUGUUGGGAGCUCACAAACGGGAAUUGGCACUGCCACUCCCGUGUCAUCUUCUUCCUCUGCACCUGCUGGGCGCACAGGCUCCAACAUAUCUGCAGCAUCCACUGCCUCUGGCAUCGCGUCAGCAGUUGUUGCUUCUCAGAGCCACGACAGCGCAACUUUAGCACAAAUUACUGAGCUUCUGAUUACGGGCCUCGAGCUGAUCAAGUCACGCCUUCAUGUAGUCAGCAAUGACGUCCGCAAAAAUCUUUUUGGGCCUGACCUUUGCCUCAUCCUUGAUCGGGUUCGCGAUGCCAAACUUUUUCGGGCCGCUGUUCGAAUCCUGCGCGAUUGGUCUCUUGGCACUCAAUCGCCUCCUCCCACUUACCCUCUCUCAUUCUCAUUUUCUACGUCAUCCUCAACCUCUUCUCUCUCUGGAGGCAGACACGAUGAUUACAAUCCGGGUGGGGGUGGAGCUGGAAUCGGCAGUUUCUCCACCCACUCGGAGUUAUCAGCUGCAGCAGCAACAGCAGCUGGGCCUACUGCUCGCGAGAUGGUCGCCUGCUAUUCACGUCUCUGGCAGGCUUAUCCAAGAUGGGUGGACCACUCAGAGAUUGUUCAAGAGAUAUUCAGAUGUGUCUAUCAAAUUUAUUCGGGUCCGAGUCUGAAAAAUCACGAUUUAUAUAAUAAGCUGGAGCAAGCCUUCUGUCUUGGUUUACUCUCACCCUACCCCGAAAUCCGCCAUCGUUUCCUCGAUCUCUAUCUUGUUGGUUCCAAUCUUCGUCCUGCUCCAUCCAUUCCAGCCGACGAUCAAUCUGGCCACAGAGUUGCUUCGACUAUCGCUUCUGAAUCUAUGUUCGCUUCAACGCGACAAGCCAAUCUCGUGGACAAGUUAAUCAAGUCAGAGGCGCCCUAUUCGCUGUGUUCACCUGCUGUGUGCAAAGACAAAUUUGCAAUCCCAACACAUAAAAUAGCAGUUUCUUCUACUGCGACUUCAUCCACCAAAAGUACUUGUUCGCUUCUGGUACGCCUACUCUUUUUAUUAGUAUCAAACGUUUGGGAUGAGGCUUAUUUUAAAGACGCAUUCUGGUUGCCUCUUUUCUUAGAUGAUAAACGAGCUGGCUUUUAUGUUGAUCUCUUCAUCCUUGGUGAUGCAAAUCAUUUUGAACAGUCUGAUGCAUCUUAUAUUGCGUAUAAAUUUGGCCAACUUGGAAAGCUUUCACACUGCCCUCCGAAUAAGUAA